GUGCAUGGCGGAGGGCGCGGCGCUGCGGGCCGUGAGGGGCUGCCUGGCCGCCUUCCCGCGGGAGGCCCGCGAGCUGGGCUGGCCGGAGUCUGUACCCUACCUUGAUAGGCCUCCAUCCCCACUGGAGUUUUAUCGAGAGUGGGUGAGUCCGAAUAAACCCUGUGUAAUUCGCAAUGCCAUCAACCACUGGCCGGCUCUGCAGAAAUGGAACUCGGCGUACCUCAGGGAGGUGGUAGGUCCCAAGGUGGUGAGUGUGGCAGUGACACCAAAUGGUUAUGCAGAUGCAGUGUUUCAGGACCGUUUUGUCAUGCCAGAGGAGCGCCAAAUGCCUUUCAUGGACUUCUUGGACAUUGUGGAGAAGAAAGUGACCUCUCCCAACGUAUUCUAUGUGCAGAAGCAGUGUUCAAACCUCACUGAGGAGUUCCCUGAACUUGUCUGUGAUGUGCAGCCUGACAUACCAUGGAUGAGCGAGGCACUGGGGAAGAAGCCUGAUGCUGUGAAUUUCUGGCUUGGGGAGUCAGCUGCUGUGACAUCUUUGCAUAAAGAUCAUUAUGAGAACUUGUACUGUGUGGUAUCUGGAGAGAAAUAUUUUCUACUGCAUCCACCAAGUGACCGUCCCUUCAUCCCAUAUGAGCUCUAUCAGCCAGCCACCUACCACAUAUCAGAAGAUGGUUCAUUUGAAAUUGUGGAUGAGAAGACUGCAGAGAAGGUGCCCUGGAUCCCUCUGGACCCCUUGAAACCAGAUCUAGAACUGUAUCCAGAGUAUGCUCAGGCAAGACCUUUGCAGUGUACAGUGAAAGCUGGUGAGAUGUUAUAUCUGCCUUCUCUCUGGUUCCAUCAUGUUCAGCAAUCACAUGGCUGUAUUGCAGUGAACUAUUGGUAUGACAUGGAAUAUGACAUUAAGUACAGCUAUUAUCAACUACUAGACUGUCUCACAAAAGCUGUGAAAAUGCUAUAGCAAAGGUGGGAGACUCGAGCCUGUGAUGUCUGUUUCUGAUGUGACACAAUCAUCAACAUCUGUGACUGGAGUACAAAUGUGAUUCCCCCAAAAAGAACUGAACAUUAAAUUGUGGUCAGCAGUGCCUGCUGAAUACAUCAUGGCUAUUUUUCUUGAUUUCAGAGUCCAGACCAAUUGGCCAGAUUUUUUGGCUUGUAAGUAGAACUUUGAUAAUAGGAUUUUUAGGCCUUUGCAUGUUGCCUCAGUGAUGGUGAGCAAAAUAAAAUGUGAAGGGAGACAAUCCACAAUCCAGGUUUUGAAAAUCCCAAAACGGAAGCCCUACUGUUUGUUCAGAUCUACAGAUUGUUUUCAUUACAACCCAAGUGGACAAGGAAGGAUCUGCUCCAUGCAUCAGGCUGCAACAAUCCAACGUAUGUAUUCUGCUUAAGGCAAAAGUCUGUCCUGCUGUAAUUCUUUAAGUUCAGUGACUGUGGUGUUUUGAUGGUGAGAAACUACAAUUUCUGCAAUAAAUAGGUCAGUUUAAA